AUGGGACUGCCCCCGCACCUGCGGUGCUUUGCAGCCCCCAUUGCUCGCGCGGGGGAGACCAUUCCUUGCAACCGGCGUUCUUCCGGCUCUUUCGCUGCCCAGUCAAACCCACACAUUAUGCCUUCAACAGCCUGCCUCUCAAACGCGUCUACUACGGCCGAGGUCAUCCCAACGACACCGUACUCUGAGCUGACGGUUGGCGUACCUCGUGAAACCCACGAGAAUGAACGACGCGUCGCAAUCACGCCUCAGAAUGUGGCAAUUCUUCUCAAGAAGGGCUUCUCACGGGUUCUAAUUGAACGUGGCGCCGGGGAAGGCGCUCAACUUCUUGAUGAUGCGUAUGUCAGCAAAGGCGCAACGCUUGUUGACCGUGAUCAAAUCUGGGCAGAAAGCGACAUCGUACUGAAAGUCCGAAGCCCCAAGACGGAUGGUUUCAAUGAGGUGGAGGCACUUCGCAAGGGCUCUACCAUAAUCUCUUUUCUUUAUCCGGCUCAAAACAAGGAGCUGGUUGAUGCCCUUGCUGCUCGCGGUGUCACUGCCUUCGCUAUGGACCGUAUUCCCCGGAUUUCGCGCGCUCAGGUUUUUGACGCCCUGAGUUCCAUGGCUAAUAUUGCCGGAUAUAAGGCAGUAUUGGAAGCUUCCAAUCACUUUGGUCGCUUUUUGACUGGUCAGGUCACGGCUGCUGGAAAGAUUCCCCCAAGCAAAGUCCUCGUUAUUGGGGCGGGUGUGGCUGGCCUGAGUGCAAUUGCAUCUGCUCGUCGAAUGGGUGCCAUUGUUCGAGGCUUUGACACCCGCCCCGCUGUUCGUGAGCAGGUCCAAUCUCUAGGCGCUGAAUUCAUCGAAGUCGACAUCCAGGAGGACGGUGCCGGACAAGGUGGCUACGCUAAAGAAAUGUCAAAGGAGUUCAUUGAAGCAGAGAUGAAGCUGUUUAUGGAGCAAGCCAAAGAAGUCGACAUAAUCAUUACGACCGCUUUAAUCCCCGGAAAGCCCGCACCGAAAUUGAUCACGAAAGAGAUGGUGGCUGCCAUGAAGCCUGGGUCUGUUAUUGUAGAUCUUGCAGCGGAGGCGGGUGGAAAUUGCGAAGCAACUGUACCUGGUCAGCUCUCCAGCUAUAAGGACGUGACAAUCAUUGGAUACACCGAUCUGCCUUCCCGCCUGCCAACGCAAUCAUCAACCUUGUACUCCAACAACAUUACCAAGUUCCUCCUCUCGAUAGCCCCUAGCGAGAAGUCCUUUGGUAUUGAUUUCAACGAUGAGGUUGUUCGUGGAUCAAUCGUUACUCGCAAUGGUGAAGUGAUCCCUCCGGCAGCACCUCCCGCCCCUCCACCUGCUCCAAAACCAGAAGAGGUUGCUGCUGCUAAGAAGGAAGAAGCUGUAGCUUUGACACCAUGGCAAAAGGCAACCCGAGAUGUUACAGCUGUUACGAGUGCUAUGGGCGCCACCCUUGCCCUCGGCAAGGCAACUGGACCUGUCUUCAUGGGAAACAUGAUGACCUUUGGGCUCGCGGGUCUGGUCGGUUAUCGUGCAGUAUGGGGUGUUGCUCCUGCUCUCCACUCUCCUUUGAUGAGUGUCACGAAUGCUAUCUCUGGUAUGGUAGGAAUCGGUGGUUUAUUCAUUAUGGGUGGUGGCUAUGUGCCGACCACUCUCCCUGAAUAUCUUGGUGCUGCAUCUGUGCUGCUUGCCUUCGUCAAUGUCUCGGGAGGAUUCGUGGUGACAAAGCGCAUGCUGGACAUGUUCAAGCGACCAACUGAUCCUCCUGAGUAUCCAUGGUUGUAUAGCAUUCCGGCUCUCCUCUUCGGAGGCGGUUUCAUAGCUGCUGCCAGCACUGGUAUGGCUGGUCUCGUCCAGGCUGGAUAUUUGGUCAGUACUAUUUUGUGCAUGACAUCUAUCUCCAGCUUGGCGUCUCAGACCACUGCCCGCCGUGGGAACUUGCUUGGUAUUCUAGGCGUCGCUAGCGGUAUUCUUGCAUCUCUCGCGGCAGUUGGAUUCUCUCCCGAAACUCUUACGCAAUUUGCUGGUGUCGCGGGUGCUGGUGCACUAGUCGGAGGAUUGAUUGGUCGCCGCAUCACUCCGACUGGUCUUCCUCAAACUGUAGCCGCGUUGCACUCUGUUGUCGGUCUUGCAGCGGUGCUGACUAGUAUUGGGAGCGUCAUGGCUGAUGUUUCUGAUAUUUCAACCCUUCACAUGGUAACAGCCUACAUGGGCGUGCUGAUCGGAGGUGUGACGUUUACUGGGUCGAUUGUGGCCUUCAUGAAACUGGCUGGCAAAAUGUCGUCUAGUCCCAAGAUCCUCCCAGGUCGGCAUGUCAUCAAUUCCACUUUGCUAGGGAGUAACAUUGCAACGAUGGGGGCAUUUGUCUCAAUGGCCCCUGGGAACCCGGGCAUAGCGGCUGCGGCGCUUGGAGCAAACACAAUUCUGAGUUUCCUCAAAGGCUAUACCACCACAGCUGCUAUAGGUGGAGCCGAUAUGCCAGUUGUUAUCACCGUCCUUAACGCCUACUCCGGAUUUGCUCUUGUCGCGGAAGGGCUAAUGCUUGACAAUCCACUUCUGACAAGUGUGGGAUCCCUCAUUGGGGUCAGUGGCUCUAUUCUCUCUUAUAUCAUGUGUGUCGCGAUGAACCGCUCUCUUACAAAUGUGCUUUUCGGUGGGCUUUCUGCACCCGUUCAGCAGAAGAAGAUUGAGGGAGAGGUCACCCAAACAAGCAUUGAUGACACUGUCGAGUCCCUCUCGAGCGCUGAGAGUGUUAUCAUAGUUGUUGGCUACGGGAUGGCUGUCGCAAAAGCUCAAUAUGCUCUUUCGGAGAUUGUUCGCCUCCUGCGCGCGAAGGGCGUCACUGUGCGUUUCGCUAUCCACCCCGUAGCCGGUCGCAUGCCAGGACAGUGCAACCCUAAAGUUGUCUUAGAGAUGGAUGAGAUCAACGACGAUUUUGCUGAUACUGAUGUUACCCUCGUCAUUGGCGCGAACGACACCGUCAACCCAAUUGCUCUGGAGCCUGACUCUGCUAUCUCGGGAAUGCCUGUUCUGCAAGCAUGGAAGAGCAAGGAAGUUAUCGUGAUGAAGCGAGGAAUGUCCAGCGGAUACGGUAAGUCGGCCUCUGUACUUCCACGUGGGCAGGCGCUAAUAUCCAACAGCCGACGUUCCCAACCCGAUGUUCUACAUGCCCGGGACUAA